UUGACGAACAGUUUUAGGGAUGAGAAUGAGGAGCCCAUAAUUGUCUGUUUCACUUGUCAUGCAAGACUCGUUCGUUGCGGGAUAUUGCAACAACAGGCUAUUGAGUCUAAUGCAAUUCUGGAGCAGUUGCUUGCAGGAGGGUCCAUGGUAAUACCAAAAUCACAUGAGGCUAGAGAUGACAUUCAAUUCACACCAAUUAAUCAUGUAGAUAUCUGGCCAGUAGAGUGUGAUAUAGAAAAUGAUUGUAAUGAUGACAUUUUUAACCUUGAAUCUGUUAAAGUUGAGGAAGAGAAUUUCGAAUAUGAGAAUUACAAAUUUGAAGUAAAUGGGAAUCAUGAGAAAGAUACUGCUAAAGAACAAGAAGAUUUGGAGAUCGAUGCUUUUGAAGAUCGACAUGAGGAUUCAGAGAACGACUUGCCACUAAUUACACAUGGUUCAAAGAUUAUAGCAGAUGACUUUGACAUAGUAUUUCAGAACAACCCUGCAUACAAACAAAUAAUUUUUCAAAGCCGUGUGAGGAAAAGAUUAAAUCAAAUUCUACUGAUUGUAACAUAA